AUGGCAUUUGAAAGAGAAUUAUUAAUAGCUACUCAUGCAGUCAGAAAAGCCUCCUUUUUAACUAAAAAAGUUCAACAAUCUAUUAUUCAACAUCGUGAUGAAACUACUAUCACAAAGGCUGAUAAUUCUCCAGUAACUCUUGGUGACUAUGCUGCCCAAACUAUAAUCAUCAACACAAUAAAGUCUAAUUUUCCUAACGAUUAUGUAGUGGGCGAAGAAUCUGCAAAUGGGUUAGACGAUAAAUUUGUGUCUUCCAUCUUAAAAGAAAUUAAUGAUAUUGAUCAAUACUAUAAAGAUAAUAAUAUUGAUACUGGCUCUGUAGAUUUUUCCAAUGAUGAAUUCCCUUUGAAGUCAAUAGAUGAUGUCAAACAAAUUAUUAAUUUUGGUGAUUAUCAAGGUGGUAAUAAAGGCAGAUUUUGGUGUUUAGACCCAAUUGAUGGUACAAAAGGGUUUUUAAGAGGUGAACAAUUUGCUGUAUGCUUGGCUCUUAUCGUAGAUGGUGUGGUAAAAUGUGGUAUAAUUGGUUGUCCUAAUUUGAAAUUGUCUCAGUAUAAUUCGAUCCAAGAUAAACUUGGGAACGUUGAUGAGUCCUUUGGUUACAUCUUCCGUGCUGUUAGAGGUCAAGGUGCUGCUUUCACGGAUUCUGUAACUUUGUCUAAUUGGAAAGAUAUUCAUGUUAGACAUUUACAAGACACUAAGGAUAUGAUUACAUUGGAAGGUGUAGAAAAGAGUCAUUCUUCUCACGAAGAGCAAGAUUUGAUCAAGAAAAAAUUAAACAUCACACAAUCCAUUCAUUUGGAUUCUCAGGUCAAAUAUUGCCUAUUGGCUAUGGGUCUUGCUGAUGUGUAUCUACGUUUACCAAUCAAAAUGUCAUUUCAGGAAAAGAUUUGGGAUCAUGCUGCGGGUAACGCUAUUGUUUUAGAGAGUGGUGGUUUCCAUACUGAUGCACUAGAAAAUCAAAAUUUAGACUUUAGCAAAGGUAGAACUUUGUUGACUAAGGGUGUUAUUGCCACAAGUGGUCCUGCUAAACUACAUGAACUAGUCGUAUCUACAUCUAAAAAGGUUUUAUCUAAUAGGGCAUAG